CAGCAGUGCACCAACCUAGCUGGAGAUUAUUAAAGUAGGCUACAGCGGGUUCAACUAUGGACAAGCAUUCUCUGCACCAAACCAACCGAACAGAAGCUGCGUCCUGGUACCUGGCCGGGCUCCUCAGCAUGCUCCUCUGCCUGGGGUCAGUCCUGUCCCUCCAUGUCCCCCCGGGGACCAGCGGUCUCCAGUCGGCCUUCUCUGCCACCAGGAGCAACAGUGUGGUCGGGGGCAGCCAGAAGGCGGUGACCUUCAACAAGCUUCUGGUCAACACGGGGGGCGACUUCAACCCCGACACAGGCCACUUCCGCUGCAGGGUGCCCGGCGCCUACUACUUCUCCUACUCGGUAGGAAAGUUCCCCAAGAAGAUGCUGUCUGUCAUACUGGUGAAGAACGGGGAGGAGGUGCAGGCCAUAGCGUACGAUGACUACCGCAAGAAAGGAAGAAAGGUCCAGAGCCAGAGCCUGAUGAUCACACUGAAGGCCAUGGACACUGUGUGGCUGCUGCUGCAGCAGGGCGCGCAGUAUGCGCUCUACAGCAACGUGGGGCCGUACAUCACCUUCUCCGGCUACCUGGUCUACCCCGACGUGACGGCGGCCAGCCACUACAACAACCACAACCAGCUGGGCCAGCCGUGGCCGUCCCACCCAGAGUGCCCCCCUCAGGGAGCCGACCCGGGGUCCAGCCUGCACCAUGGCCAGGCCCCAGAGCCGGAGCCGAGGUCCGCCUUCUCUGUGGCCCGGACCUCCACCUCCCUGGGCCAGAGCUCCAGCGGCGGAGAAGAGGAGGAGAAGAAGCCCCUGAGCUUUGACGUGGAGUACGUGAACAUCGGGCGCCACUUCAACAAGACGUCAGGGGUCUUCACCUGCGGCUACCCGGGGGCGUACUAUUUUGCGUUCACUGUAGGGAAGCACCCCCGCAGGGCUGUGUCGGUCAAGCUGAUGACGGGCCGGGGCGAGGUGCAGGCCAUGGUGUUCGACGAGGACACGUCCAAGCGCAGGGAGAUGCAGAGCCAGAGCCUGUUGCUGGCCCUGCGCCAGGGGGACAGUGUGUGGCUGUACAGCCAGCAGGACGAUCGCUACGCCGUCUACAGUAACCAGGGGCGGUACACCACCUUCUCUGGCUUCCUGGUGUACCCCGACACCCCGGUGGGGGUCCCAGACCGGGCCCACACCCUCGCUUCUGACAAGGGAACUGGACGGGAGAACUGAGUCUAUUGUAGAAUGGAGGAUUGUCUGCAAAAUAGAUACAAUUAAAAGAUAUGCCACAUGUACUUACACUUACUAUUAAAACUGGAGAUAUACUGUAAAUGUUUUUACUUCUAUGCUGUCUCACCAACCACAAGGUGGCGCUGUAGGGCAAAUUGUUAUAUUCUCUUUCCCUGAUGUAUAGUUUUCUAUGAUAAAGACGAUUGGAUUUUGGCUUGAAAAUAGUUAGUUAUUUUUGUUUGUAUUUUACAUUUGUACAGCUUUUGAUAGUGAAAAAAUACCAACCUAUUAACGUACACUUAACAAAAAGUCUCUGAGUCAAUAUCACUGAUAUAGCAUCCUGUGUCCUUUAGAAUUUAUUUCAGUAACAUAAAGAUUUGCCUACAUUAUGAAGCCUUUUCUUUUGUAUUUGAAAUUUUAGUUUACCUUGAAUAAAAUACCUGUUGUCGACUCUGAUGCAUUAAAUCACAUAAAAAACAUUAAAAAAAAACAUUACAUUAAAUAGUUCUUGAAGUGAAAAGCAAAAUAUAUAAUAGUUGACAUCUUGACAGGUGAGACUGUGGAAAAUAAUUAAAUCCAAUAACCAAUGAUCUAAGUUCUUCUCUGUCCUAUUGUGGAAUGGAGACAUGGAGGUGACGGACAAAGAGAAGAGGAUGUGUGUAUUAGUUGGUUUAAGAGCUGUGAAUUAAACUAAUCUCCCAGAACAACAUAUUCAGUUCUCAUUUGAUACAGUUUUUUAAGUGGUAAUAAAACAAAGCCACUCUCUGUGUUUUUACAUAUCACAUGCCAGAUCAAAAUAUAGCUAAUGGUAAAUCUAAAGCCAUUAAAGUAAGGUUGAACCAAACCAAGGCGUUAUAAGACAGAAAUAGAGAUAAACUUUUUUUUGUAUAAUAUAUCUUCAGGGGCAAACAAGAAGGCCAAGCCUAUUUCAACACGCAUCCGCAUACAGUACAUCAUAUAGACUGUUCGGGUCCAAAUGUUGGCCGCUCUGUCCUGAAUGGCGAGUGAGCGAAAUCCAUGCGCUCACCCAGAGGA